GUACCAUUCCCUGCACGUGUCUGUGAUCGACGUCGAACUCAGGGACGACUACAAUAACCUUCUCACAGCCGGUGGUGCUUUUGAACCGCAACGACGAACCAGCAGCACAGAGGGAGAUAAAGGUACGAAAAAUGGAUCGUUGUUCCUGCGUGGGACAUUGCGAGUGCUCGUGCUUGUCCGACUCCCGAGAGGAAGAGCGUUGUCAGCCAAUGUCAAAGGAACAUUACCAGGCCGCUGGUUUUCAAGGCCCCGUUCUGAUAAAACGCGUCGAGCCACUAACUUGGCCGACCGACGUUGUUACGAUCGUUUGCCUAGUUUUAUUUACUUUGCUGCUAUUUUUCCUGUCACUAGGUUUCCUCAAGUGGACGAUUGGCAUAUGCGUGCCGGUAGUGAGUCGUUGGGGAUUAGACGAUAUACUCGAGACGCACAAAAUGACAGAGUACUUGGAACGAGACUUGAAAUCAAGGAACGUUGCGUUUAAUCAAUACGGGCAACCCGUUCAUCCUGACACGGGUCGAAAGUCUGUCAGAAUUUGCUGUAGGGUAGCAGAAUUUUUUCUAAACCUGACGUUUUUCUUCAUCUAUCCCUUUGGAAUGCUCUGUCUAUCCUGCAAGAGGCCUCGAUAUUCCAGUCAGUCUGCCAACUCGGGUCAAUCGAAGGGGAGUCCGAUGUCCGAAAAGGAUGACUCCUCUACGGUGGUAUGCGUCAGCACUUACGGCGACGGUAUAGACUCCAAAAUGGAGGCGGAGGACACGAAAUACGUAAUAGACGAGCUGAAGAAAUCUCAGGAGUCUUUGCAGAAUUACAAUAGAUAUAAAGUAGACGUGGAUAAAUCUUUGUUGUCCAAGGACGUUCAAAAUAGAUAGCGUUGUUUUCAGAGGAGGCAAAUCCUAAGGGAGCAAAGUUCGUCCGACUAGCGGAGAAGCAGUGUUCAACCAAAACGAUGUUCUCAGUGCGAACGCGCCGAGACUUGCCGAAAUUUUUUGGAGAAAUACACGGUGCG